ACUCCGUCGGCUCGCGCUGGAGUUCGACCGUGACGUGCCUCGGUGGUGGAGAUCAACGGAGGUGGGCGCGGCUCCAAGGCAUCCGGCGGCUCGUACGAGUGACAAAGCUACCGGGACGUGCGCUCCAGCCACAGCCGCUUCUAACAUGGAGACGCUGAAGCCUACUUUAGUGGCUGCUACCGGGUUCGACGCCACAGCCGACGCGCUGAACCUGCGCGAUGCCAUGAAGGGCCUCGGGACGGACGAGGACCGGAUCAUCGACGUACUGACCCACCGGAGCAGCCUGCAGCGGGCCGAGAUCGCCGCCAAGUACAAGGUCGCCUACGAGAAGGACCUGGAGGAGGCCUUCAAGUCGGAGCUUCAUGGUGACUUCGAGCGGGUGUGCCGGUACAUGGUGCGCCCGCUGACGACGCUGCUGGCGGAGGAGCUGCACCGCGCCAUGGACCGGCCGGGCACCAAGGAGGGCGUCCUGGUCGAGAUCCUCUGCUCGCGCAGCAACGCUGAGAUCAGGCACAUCAGCAUGGAGUACCACAAACUUUUCAACAAGUCUCUUGAGGCGGACAUUGGGAGCGACACGAGCAGGGACUUCCAGGACCUGAUGAUGUCCCUGGUCAAUGCGGACCGGGACGAGCUGCACGUGAAGCCGCCCAAGCAGGACCCGGCGCACCCCAAGCCGGUGAAGCCGGUGCCGCAGCCCAGUAUGGAGCGUGCCGAGAACCAGGCCCAGCAGCUGUACAAGGCAGGCGAGGGUCGGCUGGGCACCAGCGAGAAGUCCUUCAACAUGAUCCUGGCCACGCAGAGCUACGAACAGCUGCGGCUCACCUUCCAGGCCUACGAGAAGAUCUCUAAAAAGACCUUUGAGCAGGCGGUGCGGAGCGAGACGCACGGCGACUACCAGGACGCCCUGCUCGCCAUAGUGGCGGUGGCGCAGAACCGGCCGGCGUUCUUCGCGGGGCGUCUCAACCGCUCCAUGAAGGGACCCGGCACCAACGACAAGGACCUGAUCCGGCUGCUGGUGUCUCGUGCGGAGAUCGACCUGGGCAACAUUAAGGACGAGUACCUCAAAAUGUUCGGCAAGCCGCUGGAGAAGGACAUCCAUAGCGACACGUCCGGCCACUACCGCAAGCUGCUGCUCCGUCUGGUGGGCGCCACAGACGCGUAAAGAGUGACCGCGUCCAGCCCGUCCGCCCCCGACGCCCGCAGCAGGAGCCCGGCCGCAGGAGGAGCCCCGGCCGCGCGGCACCGGGCGCCGGGGCGUCCCCGGACUGCUCGGCCAUGGGACGGCCGUGUACGGCUCGUGGCGGGGUGACAGACAGGGAUCGCCGAGCAGGAAGGAGGGGACUAUGGAGACAGGGUCCAGAGCGGCAGGUGGAGUAAUGGAGCCUCGGUCGGAUGAGGGGUGGUUGGGUGCUUGCCCUUUAACAGGAAAACUUUUAGAUAUUUUUAUUUUUGAGCUAUAUUUCGAGUGUUGAGCUUUGCGAGAAGCAUGGUUUUGUUAUAAGUGCCGCAGCUGCCGGAAAUGCGUAGCGUGAGUGGCGUUGAAUAAUGUGCAGAACAACCACCUGCAUAAGCAUGUGGCGCCUAUUUUGCCGUACCGGAUAUUUCCUCGAAUGCUGCAUUAGCAUUCAUGUUUUGGGUGAUCUGUCGCACCGUUUUGUGGUGUCUAUCCCCGACGGAAACAUUGUAUCUACCCUCGUGGAUUAGGAUGUUACAUUAUCCUAAAAAAUAUCUAUUUCACUGAUCAUGAUAACACUCAGCACCUUUUGUCGCGUGACGUCAUAUUUCGCGCACCUCCGUAUUGGUGCUCCGGUUUUGUGCACGAUAAGCGAGGUCUGGGAAUGUCCAUGUUGCGCCCUUCCUCACGAACUGGAAGCGGAAGGUUUAAUGAUCUAAAUGCCGGUGCGAUGUGUUUAGGGGCUUAGACCGUUCCACGCGUCGACUGUGGUGCUGGCAGAUGGGCCUGUUAUGUGUGUGCGGCAAAACGAAGCUUCUGGGCGAACAUAAUAGUCUGUAGCUUGUUUUUUUAUCUUAUGGGGCGAUGCUUUCCGUUGCCAUGGUAAAAAUGCUGCAAUGGCAUGCUAUUUGUCGACCUGGUGCUGAAUAAUACGUUAAAUUUCGUCUAGUUCGAACAGUGUUACAGGAUUAAGUCAAUAUGUGCGAAACGUAAAGAGCGAGUGUCAAAAUGACCAGCAUAAGGUGACCUCUAGGACCAACGACCACCAUUCACGCGAUUCCAAUAUACUGAGUCACGACUUUACGCGAAUCCUCAUUGGCUGUCAUUAGAGAACAGAGCGUGUUAAACUAGCCCAUACUUGCGCAGUGUCUAGUACGGAGUUUUGGAACACGUUGCCAUGGUCGUUCAUGCUUCGGUAAAUAGGGUAUGAUAUGCGUCGCAAGAGUGCCCUGUAGGUGUGCUGAUAUCCUACAAUACACUACCUGUACCGAAAG